GAGAGCUGCACAUUGCAAGCAGUGCAAGCCCGUGGUUAGAAGCUGGAUGCUGACAUCAGUGGAGCAAGCGUCAUAAAUCAGCACUCCUUAUGUAUACAUUUCAUGCAUUGAAGACUCAAACGUGAAUUAAAAGACAGGGAAAGUGCCUGGCUAGCCUGGAUAAUGAAAAAGCAGAGACAGGUACUGAUAUCUUCAAGGCUUUCCUGUUUCUAAAGCAGAGACGUAUUAAAAUCAAACAAUCACUGCUGCUUUCUGUUAAGACUGUUGCUUACAGAUCAGAGAUAAAGUCCAGCAGUGGUGCAGAGCAGAGAAAAGUAAUCUUGACACCUACGCACAGGGCUUUGCCAGUAACAAAGAAACCAAAGGAAAAUGGGGGAGAGAGGGAUUUCAGGCAAAACUUGCUGGAACUUUUGCACUGUGCUUCUCACACUGAGCAUGGGACUCUUUGCCUGCUGUGCUGCAAUGGAGGAGGAAGAAUCCAGUUGGCAAGCCGACAGUCGCUUUUACAUCAAGCCACCGCACUGCGUGGAUAUUCCUUUUGCCCUGAGACUCUGCAACAAUGUGGGUUAUCACAAGAUGAGCUUGCCCAACUUGUUGGACCAUGAGACCAUGGAAGAGGUGCAGCAGCAGGCCAGCAGCUGGGUACCGUUGCUGAACAAGAACUGCCACCCCAACACACAGCUCUUCCUGUGCUCGCUCUACGCACCCAUCUGCCUCGACAGACCCAUCUACCCAUGCCGCUCGCUCUGUACAGCAGUCCGAGACGCCUGCACACCUGUCAUGGAGUUCUUUGGCUUCCCGUGGCCAGAUAUGCUAAAAUGCGACAAGUUCCCCCUUGACAAUGAUUUGUGCAUCGUCUUCCCAAAUCCUAAUUCCACCUUCUCCACAAACUCACAAGCAUCGGAAGUGUGUCCACCGUGUGACAAUGAGAUGAACACAGAUAUUAUCCUGGAUCACCUCUGCGCAAGCGAAUUCGCUCUUAAGAUGAAGAUCAAGGAAGUGAAGAAGGAGAACGGUGAUCGGAAGAUCAUACCACAGAAGAAGAAAAAGCCUCUGAAGCUGGGACCACUCAAGAAGAAAGACCUGAAGAAGCUUACCUUGUACAUUAAGAAUGGUGCAGAUUGUCCUUGUCACCAGCUGGAUAACCUGAACAGUAACUUCCUCAUCAUGGGUCGCAAAGUGAACAAACAGAAUCUCCUGACGGUUAUUCACAGGUGGGAUAAAAAGAGCAAGGAGGUGAGAAAAGCUGUGAAGAAAAUGAAGACUCACGUGUGUCCCACAUACCAGGGGGUCUUCAAAUGAUUAUCUGCCUGUUCUUUAAAUCAAACAACAUCUGAACUUGCACAUGCUUUCCUUAAAAAAAAGUAAACUUUUUUGUUCCUCUAUAAAAUAGGAUGUCUUUUUCUUUGAACUAUGAUUCUUUCCUCCUUUUUUUAGAUUCUCUAUGUGUAAUAAACAUGAUUCUUUGUAUGUUUCUUUCUGUUGAUAAGUAUGAUAGCAUAGACCAAUACGCCAGCAAAGAGAGGCAAAUUGAGAAGAGAAUGUGCCAUGAUGAAUUCUGAGGCUUUUAAGCAAAGUCGAGGCUGUCCAAAAAUAUAUAUAUAGGAAGGCAGGGGGUGGCGGGGUGUCAGAACUAACAUCUGCCAAAAGAGUAUUUGAAAAGAGAGGAUGUCUGGAAUAUCAGAAAAGCUGAUGCUGUCUUUCCCCCAUCGACACACCCAGUUCAUUGGCAACCCCUGAGAAUCACAAAAUACAAACAAGCACAGGGUUGGAAAUUUUAUUGAGUUAUACAGUCCUGCCUGAACCGUGAGCAGUCAGCCAAGAUUACAGUGUGCUGCAAUCCCCCCUGGAAAUGUCAGACCUGCUCAGGGACUCUGGGUACACACAGAGUAGUCAGGAAAACCACUUGGCACCUGGCCAAAGCUCCAAAACUGCAAGUGCUCACUAUUGCGGUUUGGACUUAACAACUAAUCAUCACUUUCUUCUACGACACAAUGGUAAAAUAUGAAAAAAAUUGAAAUAUUCAUCAAAUUUCACGUGCUGUAGAAGUUGGACAGCAUCCAAAGACUCCCAUGUCCAUAUUUUAUGGCUGACAGCUUUGAACCUCUUGAAUGUUCACCUAGCAUUAAUGAGUAAUUUGGGGAAUGAAUCUUGUGUAAUGAACAAAGUAGGAAACUUAGGAGAAGCUUCGGUAAGAACUGACUUUUGUUGUUGUAGGUUUGAGAACACGAGGUUAGGAAGAUAAUAAGCAAACAUUUUGACGUCAAGCUUCACUGUUGUUUGUGCUUCCCAAGAAAUUAUUUACAUACUGAAAAUGAAGCCUUGUAAAUUUCAAUUAGCUAUCAGCAGCUUCUUUAUUUUUUGAGUUUUUUUGGGGUUUUUUUUUUGCUUUAUAAUCAUUUAUUUCCUUCCAGAUUUAUGUUUGCUCAGCAAAGCAGUGGUACGAUGUGUUUCAAUAUCACACUGACUUACUUCAGUUCAAUUUGUUAUCAGUUCAUUUACUCAAAGUUAUAAGAAUUAAGGUCAUAGACACACAGCUUAAAAAUGUACAUGUGUUGCAUUCUUGAUGUAAGUGCACUGUGAAUACCAUGAAAAGGUAUCUGGAGAACUAUUGCUUUCAACUGGCCUUGUUUCACACAGUUUGGAUAAUUGUUCAAUUAAAGAGCUGCUUCAUUUGUAGUUCCUUGUAAGUAGACCUGCUUUUUAAAAAUAAAUCAGUUUGAAAAUAGAA